UCCCACCCUAACCGCGCAUGCACGUCCCAAUCAGCGGAUAGAGCCGAUGACAUCGGCUCUGUCAUAUGAUCAGCUGUAUCCAAUCACAGCUAAUCGCACUGAUCAUCAGGGCACUGAUCAGUGUAGCCCCAUCAGUGCCACCUGUCAGUGUCUAUCAAUGCCACCUGUCAGUGCUCAUCAAUGCCACCUGUUAGUGCUCAUCAGUGCCACAUAUCAGUGCCCAUCUGAGCUGUCUUUCAGUGCCACCUAUCAGUGCCAGUCAGUGCCACCUAUCAGUGCCCAUCAGUGCUGCCUAACAGUUCCAGCCAGUGCCGUCUAACAGUGCUAGUCAGUGCCGCCUAACAGUGCCAGUCAGUG